AUGUCACAGCCGCUGCUUUACACAACUUCCAGAAUCUUCGAAGACCUGGUUGAUCUUCUAGGGUCCUCCCUUGAGUCUCUAGAACUGGCGACUAAGGAUAUCCCCAGACUCAAGCAGGUGCUCGAUACACAGAAGGUUUUCGGUCUUGUGCCCGAGCUGGAUCUCAAAAACGCCCAGGCUCGGCUCAAAAACGAAACUCACCCGCAAAUCACAUAUCUCAUUGAAAAGCUCCAAAAGGAAGUAGCUCGUCUACAACGGAAGAAGAUGUCGCUAGAGUCGGACUUUAAUCUCCGUAAGGUUCGCUUGGAGAUGGUGGGCAAGGGUGCUGAUAGUGAUAAGGAGGCCAAGUACGAGAAGUUGAGAAUGCUCAGGACAAAGAGGGAUAGACUCAAGUACAGCUUGUCUCGCCAGAGGUUGCAGAAUUACAGGCUGAUUCCUCUGCUUCCGCCUCCGGGAAGGGAUUCAUAG